UUUCGAUGCCAGCGUGCGAGAUCCUCCUCGGGACCGUCCCUCGCCCUGUCCUCCCACCUACGACCACGUACAGCGCCAUGAACGACGAUGCGUUCGAGCUCACGUUCUCGAGCCUCAGCUUUCGCCCGCAGUACCAGCGCAACAACAAGAAGGGCGGGCUCAAGAACCUCCGCUGCUUCCCAAACUGCUGCUCGGGCAUCCACGCCGCGACCGGCUUUUGCGGCGGGUCGGUGCUCGUCGGCGCGUCCGCCGCCCACGUGAGCCACCGCGGUACGAUCGCGGUCUUUGCCGAAUUUUGUCCGUUCGUCAACGGCAAGCCGCAGGGCAAUGCGAGCCUUCACGACGUCUUUACCGCGGAGAAAAUUGCCGCCUUGUCGAAUAAGGACAGCGACGUGCAUGCGCCGUGGUAUACAGGCGACGUCCUCCAAGGCUCGCACGACGUCGGGUACAUCUACAGCAUCAACACGUUCAAGCGCGGGUGGCACUAUGGCUGGACGAGCAACCGGCACACGGCCAACACGAAACACGUGCUCUGCGUCUACGCCUUUGAGCUCAACCAAGCCACCAGACGCUGGCACUGCAUUUGCGUCGCGCCGAGCCCGACCUUUAUGCUCUACUGCCGUCGCCGCGCCAAGAUGCGCAAAGAUCUCACUGCGCCCAACGACCUUGAAUUGGACGAGAUGGACGACGACGACGACGAUGAGAACGACUCGGGCAGCAGCACGCCGAGCCUCAAGAAGCGCACGCGCGACGCCGACUUGGAGCCGCUUCUGCCGUACCCGGCGUACGACGCGCAAGAGUUUUUGCUGCCGCCCGACUCGGUCGUUGAGAUUCCCGAGCUCGCGGCUUUCUUGAAGAAUAAGCUCGCUCGCUUCCAGUAGCCAAUCACCUCUUAUUUACUACGUACUUUGUCGGUC